AUGGCAGAGCAGCAAGAAAGGAGGAACGUUGGAGAGAAAGAAGGCGGUCAACCAAGCAAGAACAGUGGCGAAACUGGCCCCGAGCCUAAGGAGCAUAGGAUUGACAUUGUUGAAAUCAAUCCUACGGUGAAAAAGUGGAAUCGGUUAGUCCAAGAAGCAAGAGAAAGGAUUCAACCUCAAAGUCAAUUGCCAAUGAUACCAAAGGUUCCUCAGAUACUGAGGCAGACCCAGGAUUUCGAGAAAUUGUACGAACCGAGGGUAAUUUCAUUGGGUCCUUACCACCAUGGCAAGCCCCACCUUCACCCAGUGGAAAUGAUCAAGCCUCUAUGUGCCGAACAAUUCCUGGCUCAUAGUAACCAGGACAUCAAAGAUUUGUACACAAAAAUUGAAAGUAAAAUCGAGGCAGUAAGGGACUGCUAUGAUUCGAAUAGUACAAAGGAGUAUAAUGAUGAGGCACUCGCCUGGAUGAUGCUUCUGGAUGGGUGUUUUUUACUACAAUUCAUCAGCAGCAGAGUCAAUAUGAGUAACGGUCUUAGAAAUCACCAAAUAAAUUUUGUGAAGCAGGACUUGUUCUUGCUGGAGAACCAACUUCCCUUUGGAGUCCUCAAGUUGAUUUCUGAGGAAGCAAAAUUCGAUGAUGGCCUAACCCUGGAAGAGAUGAUAAAAAAAUUCGUCACUGACAUCGGAAUGCCAGAAGGGUUGUCAUCAGAAAUACAGCUGAAAGAGGAGAACGAAGAGCCCUCUCAUCUCCUCGACCUUUUGCGAAGUGCUCUCCUAGGCAGGUUUAAAAUGAUUAGGGGGAGUCAGCCCGAGCAAGAGCAGGAAGCUGAAAAAAAAGGAGAGUCGUCGUCGUCAUCUGGAGGAGGAAAUGGGGCGAGUCUGCCCGAACAAGAGCAGGAAGCUGAGAAAAAAGGAAAGUCGUCGUCGUCAUCUGGAGGAGGAAAUGGGGGGAGUCAGCCCGAACAAGAGCAGGAAGCUGAGAAAAAAGGAAAGUCGUCGUUGUCUGGAGGAGAUGGCGAACAACGAGGCAUUUGGAAGUCUUUUCGACACAUCAAGGAGCUUAAAGCUGCCGGGAUCUAUCUCAAACCGAGAAGAGCGAGUUUCUUGACAGACAUUUCUUUCGAAUCCCACUUCUUCUAUGGCUGCCUGAAACUUCCCCCAAUAACCAUUGAUGGCUUCACGAAGACCAAGUUCUUGAACAUGGUAGCCUAUGAAAUGUGUCCAGAUGCCCCAGUUGACCAGGCGGUCACUUCUUAUGUGUGCUUCCUUUACGAACUCAUUGAUCAAGCAGACGAUGUCAAGGAGCUGAGAUCUAAGCACAUUCUCCACAACCUUCUUGGCAGCGAUGAAGAUGUGGCCAAAAUUUUCAACGAGAUCGGCAAUGACCUGGUAGAUCCCGGUGCUUAUGGAGAUGUGAAAGCUCGCAUUCAGAAACACUACGACAAGAGAGUGAAAACUUGGAUAGCUGAAGGCCUUCACGAACAUUUCAGGUCUCCAUGGACUUUCACGGCUUUAAUUGCAGCUGUUUGGAUACUAAUUGUUACUGGCCUUCAGACCUACUACGCUCAUCCCGGUAAACAAAUGAUGCAUAUAUAUAUGGGGCUAUUAGGGGUUCCGAUUUUUCUUUUUCUUGUUUGGUAUAUUGUUUGGCAUAUUGUUUGGCUUCUUUGGGAUUAG